UAUAGGUUGAGAGAAGCAUGUAUCAGUACAGUUCCCAAAUGUACGGAACUGAUUGGGAGUCCUACAUGGAGAUUAGCAACCUAGCCAAGGUUGUCGGAUCAGAACAACUGAGUUUUGAGCCCACAAAAUCACCCUUCAACAUUGUGACAACUCCUCUUCAAACUCCACCAGGUUUUUGUGCAAGUGCAACCAAAAGCCUUGUGAGUUUUCAAGCUCAACAACAACAUACUCAUCAACAUCAGAGUGAAGUUCCCGCUUGGUGCUUUGAGUUUCCAAAGACGACGACGAUGACCACAACAACAGCAGACUCGCACAUGCUGAAUAUUCGCCAAGCUUCUGGAGAUAACUUCACCACCACAAUCACCAUCAAACAAGAUCCACCGUCCUCUCAAUUCACAAGCUCCUUGUGCCGGCCAGUUGCUGAAUCUUUCUUUUCUAGCAGUGGUGCAGAUUGUCGUUCUUCUUCUGAAAAAUAUUUUAAAAUUGCUUCUUAUUCCGAAAAACAUAGUUGCAUUCAGCCUGACAGUAUUCAAUAUUACGAUCUCUAUUCACAAGAAGAUGAUACAUUACUUAGGGAUGAUGCUGCCACAGAUGAAGGGCCCCUUGAAAUUUCCUUUCAGAGAAACCAGGUACUUACUUCCUUAGUACGUGGCUGUAAUAGUUUCUGA